CGGAUGGCUCUGCGGGGCCCGGCGGCAUUGGGACCCGGCUCCCGAGGGUCAUUGGACGAGGCUGUGGCGGUGACCGAGGGGCGUGAGGCCCCAGCACUUGUGGCGGCGGGAUCCUUGGCGGAGGAUGAUGAAGAGGACGAUGGCCGCGGCCGGGGCCUGCUGCGCUGGGACGGCUUCUCGGCCUGGCUUCACUGCGUGUGUGUGGUGGGCUUCGACCUGGAGCUGGGCCAGGCCGUGGAGGUAAUUUAUCCUCAACAUUCCAAACUUUCUGAUAAAGAAAAAACCAAUAUUUGCUAUUUGUCUUUUCCAGAUUCAAAUUCAGGUUGUCUUGGAGACACCCAGUUUUGUUUUAGAUUUCGACAGUCUUCUGGGAGGAGGGUGUCACUGCAUUGUCUCCUGGAUCAAUUUGACAAAGAUUUACCAGUUUACUUAAAG